GAAUGAAGUCUGAAACUAAAACAGCAAACAGGAGCAGAGACAAGCUUUCAAACCCAAAGCUAUGUUGCCACUGCUUCUUUUAUCGGGGUUUAUCGCCUUGACCUUGUGUGUUCCACGUCAGUAUAUCUUUGUGAAUGAGAACAAGACAUGGACAGAAGCUCAGAGCUACUGUAGAGAUAAAUACACUGAUCUGGUCACCACUGAAAAUGAAAAAGAGACGGUGCAGUUACUCAACACAGUGAAUGAAUAUAACUCCAUUGAUCUGGCCUGGAUUGGACUCUAUGAUGAUCUGGACAGUUGGAAAUGGACUCUAGAGGACAGUGAUUUCUUCAGUCAGGGACAGAAACAGUUCAGGAACUGGUAUAAGGAAGAGCAAGGGAAUUAUGGAGAACAGAAUCUGUGUGUGUACAUGUAUGCAUACAAUGGGAUAUGGUAUACAGCAAGUUGCUACUACACAUUAUCUUUUAUCUGCUAUGACGGAAGACAGAAUGCCAGCACUAGUUAUGUUUAGGUUUAUCACAACAAAAACUGGUCUGAAGCUCAGAGAUACUGAAGAAAAAAUCACACAGACCUUGUCAGUAUCAGAAAUGAAGCUGAAAACCAGAAGAUCCAAUAUUCAAUCAAGAAUUACUAUUACGGGGCUGUUUGGAUUGGUCUUCUGUACAGAACUAGAUCUUGGUCAGAUCAGAGUAACUCUACAUUCAGUAACUGGAGGUCAGGAGAGCCGAAUAAUGCUGGAAACAAUCGAGACUGCACUGCUGUGUCAUUCAGUGACUCAAUGUGGACGGAUGAAAACUGCAAUUAUCAGUUACCUUUCAUUUGCUACAGUGUGUCCUCUGUGGCAUCAUCCCGUCAGUAUCACUUUAUCUCAGUGAAUAAGAGCUGGUCUGAAGCUCAGACAUACUGCAGACAGAAUUACACUGAUCUGGCCACCAUUGAUAACAUGACAGAGAUGAACAGUGUGAUGAACACAGUUAAUGGGAGUUACAAUGGCUCAGCCUGGAUUGGACUAUAUGAUGAUGUCAACAGCUGGAGAUGGUCACUGGAUGAUGAUGAUUUCUAUCAGGAAGGAGAGAGAGAAUUCAGAAACUGGUAUCAUCAACCAGACAACUAUGAUGGAAAUGAGCUGUGUGUUUAUAUGAAUUAUGAUGGCAAAUGGUUUGAUUCAUCAUGUGACUACACGCUGCCAUUUGUUUGCUAUAACAGAAACAAUAACACACACAGUUACAUCGGAAUUUAUGACAGAAGAAGCUGGACAGAAGCUCAGAGAUACUGCAGACAAUAUUACACAGAUCUUGCUAAUGUGAGAAACCAGACAGAGAAUCAGAAGAUCCUGGAGAGUACAGGUGGUCAAGUCUGGAUCGGUCUGUACAGGAACAGGAUUUGGUCAAAUGGUCAAAAUACCAAAUAUCUAAACUGGAGACCAGAAACUCCAUAUUCACACCCACAACCAGAUAAUGGUUAUUCUGUUUACGGCGAGUGGGGUAACCAGCACUGCACUGCUGUGUCAUUGAGACAUUCAGGCAGAUGGACAGAUGAGAACUGCUUAUCCAACAGACCCUUCAUCUGCUACAGCAGAAACUGCACACAAUCAUCAUGCAGUCCCCGUCAGUAUCACUUUAUCUCAGUGAAUAAGAGCUGGUCUGAAGCUCAGACAUACUGCAGACAGAAUUACACUGAUCUGGCCACCAUUGAUAACAUGACAGAGAUGAACAGUGUGAUGAACACAGUUAAUGGGAGUUACGAUGGCUCAGCCUGGAUUGGACUGUAUGAUGAUGUCAACAGCUGGAGAUGGUCACUGGAUGAUGAUGAUUUCUAUCAGGAAGGAGAGAGAGAAUUCAGAAACUGGUAUCAUGAACCGGACAACUACAGAGGAAAUGAGCUGUGUGUUUAUAUGUGGAGAGAUGGAAGCUGGUUUGAUUCAUCUUGUGACAAUUCGUUUCCAUUUGUUUGCUAUGAUGGACGAGGAAACACCUCCCAGAGGUAUAUUUGGGUGAAUCAGCACCAGUCCUGGAGUGAAGCUCAGAGAUACUGCAGAGAGUUUUACACAGAUCUGGCCAUCGUGAGAAAUGAAACAGAACAUCAACAGAUACUGAACGUUACAGAUUCUAAUGAUUAUUAUGGGUGGAUUGGUCUGUACAGAAACAGACUGUGGUCAGAUCAGAGCAACUCUUCCUUCACAUACUGGCUGCCAGGGACGCAAUAUGUUUAUCCACAACCAGAUAAUGGUAUAAAUACCCCAGGACUGCAGGGAACUCAACAUUGUACGGCUGUGUCUUUACAAUCUUUUGGCCAGUGGACAGAUGAGAGCUGCUUUGAGCGUUUGCCUUUCUUCUGUUAUGGAGGUGAGAUCCUCCUCCCUUCCAGAUCUUAA